AUGUCGCACCUUCUGCGUGGAAAGCAAGCUGGCGUCCACAACGAUCUCUCCACUGGACUGGGGCCUGAUCUCUUUGUAUUGGACCAUAUCAAGAACUUUGGAAUCAACAGCCAGAUCUCCCAGAUCGCAUACGACCCCGUGCAGAAGCUCCUCGCCGUCGGCACCAACGAAAGCAAGUUUGGGCUCGGGCAAAUCUACAUUUUUGGGCAGAAGCGUGUCGAGGUCGUCUUCCCUCUCCCGCAUCGUGGGUCGGUCAAGAUAUUACAGUUCUGCGCCGAGAAGCUCCUCUGUGUGGACUCAAGAAAUGACCUGUCAGUCUUCUCGCUGGCAACAAAGAAGUUGCUGAACGCCCAUUCUCCGCCCGCCAAGAUCACCGCGCUGCACAGCGACCCGACGCUCGAUUACGCGCUGCUAGGGACGCAAAACGGAGACGUUCUGGCCUAUGAUCUGGAUAGAGAACAGCUUACACAAUUUAGAAUAACGAACUUGUGGAGAGAGCAAUUCCCUCCGUCGAGACUGACAUCGGUAGUGACACUCUCGCUGCACCCGCGCGACAUUGGUACCUUGCUGAUUGGCUACAAUGCCGGCGCUGUCAUAUAUUCGUUCAAGCAGAACAAAGCUGUCAGGCACUUCCACUAUGUGCUGCCGAAAGGCGCACCUGGGGGAGACUCGGACCCGGGAUCUAUCUUCAAGGAGAGAAGUCCGCCCUUGACGCAGGCUGUCUGGCAUCCCACGGGGACCUUCGUUUUGACUGGACACGAGGACGGCAGUCUUGUAUUUUGGGAUCCAAAAGAUGGUAGAGUCAUCCAAGCCAGAACUUUGACCGACACCCAUGUUGACAAACCUGGUCCCGGCACUUUCAGUCCCGGUGCUGGCCCUGGUACGUUUGCGCUCAAAAGCCCCAUUUUCAAAAUCGCUUGGUGUGCGAAUGAGGACCCGGACGACACUGGCAUCCUCGUUGCUGGAGGGCAGCCUUCCAACAUUGAAGCUAAGAGCCUGACGUUCUUCGAACUUGGACGCACACCCAUAUACAACACUUCUUCGUGGCAGAUACUCUCAGAUCACUUCGAGAAUCCAAAGCGACAAAGGAUACUGCCUUGUCCGCCGGGUACUGAGGUGAUAGAUUUAUGUCUCAUACCUCGCACGAGUCCUCAUUUUGCGGGAUGUCAGGACCCAAUUGCUGCCAUCGCUCUGCUAGCAUCUGGCGAGCUGAUAACACUUUCGUUUCCGAGCGGGAUGCCCAUAACACCUACAAACCAGUUACACCUAUCUCUCACACUCAUACAUCCCUUUGUGAGCCAUGUGAAUCUGGCUCCUGUUGAACGCACAAGGUGGCUAGGUAUGACCGAGAAACGGCAACAUGGACCGAAGCUCAUUACCGGAGGCUGCGAAGCAAAUUACCCUCUAAAGCGAUUUGAACAUCGCAACAUCGUUCAGACCUCCCACGCAGAUGGUACAGUCAGGUUGUGGGAUGCUGGUCAUGCGGAUGAAAUCGAGAACGAUGCACUGCUCCAAUUAGAUGUAGCGCGUGCUGUUGGUCGGUUAGAUCGCGUUGAGGUCACUAAAAUCUCCUACGCCGGUGCAGCUUCCGAGCUCUCGGUCGGGUUACGAUCUGGCGAGGUGGUAGUUUUUCGUUGGGGUAUCAACAAGCAGUUUGGCCAAGAACUACCUCCGGGCGAGAAUUUGCCCGGUGCUCUGACGGAUGUGCAGGAUCGGACCGAAGCGUCUUUGAAGGAGGGAAUGCUGCCUUUGACACUACUAGCUGAAGGUAACGGACCUGUGACGGCUCUGAAGCACUCAGAUGUUGGCUUCGUGGCCGCUGGGUUUGAAGGCGGAAGUCUUGCUAUCAUCGAUCUGAGAGGUCCAGCCAUAAUCUAUCACGCGAGUGUAUCCGAUCUUGUGAAAGCCGACAAACGAGGUAGUUUCCGGAGAAGCUCUUCCCAAACUGCGACAAAGCCGGAGUGGCCAACAAGUGUUGAGUUUAGUGUCAUGACGUUGGAACACGAGGACUAUUCAAGCAUCCUAUUGCAUGUGGGCACCAACAUGGGUCAUAUUGCGACCUUUAAGCUGCUCCCUGAAGCAAGUGGGCGCUAUGCUGUCAGCGUUGCUGGCGUCUGCAACUUAGACGAUAAAGUCAUCAGCAUCUGUCCCAUGCAUACAGAUACAGGACGCCCUGCAUACGCGUUCCAGACUGCUGUUGCCGGUUUACGAAAUGGUGCGAAGGUGAGUGGCGUUUUGCUUGCUGUCACCUCGAACGGGGCUCGAAUUUUCCAGCCUUCAACCCACAAGGGUGCGAGCAAGACCUGGAAUGAGUUCCUGUGUGAUUCGGCUGCGGUUGUGCGCUAUGAAGAUUUAGGUUACGCUCUUGUUGGAAUCUACGGCGAUGGAUUCGCGAGAGGCUACUCAAUACCGGCCUUGAAAGAGAUUGGAGCUGUGAAAGUGUCAGAUGUCCUAGAUCCGCGACGGUUAUCCGAGGCUGUGAUCACAAGCACAGGUGACGUAUUGGGCUGGGCAGGCCCAGCAGAAAUAGCCCUGAUAAACAUUUUUGGUACGAACCUUAAGCUUGACCAAACGCGCGAUACUCUUCUCAAUCCCGAACUCCUCAUCCCACCACGCCCUACAAUCUCGAAUAUACAAUGGAUAUCCGGUACCCAGUAUGUCACCCUCGAAGACAUGGACCUCCUCAUUGGCGGCCCCGACCGACCGCCCUCGAAGCGCAUGAUUGCCCAAGCCCGCGCGGACGAAGAACAGCGUCGCAGAGAUGCGCGCCAUUCCGGCCAGCCUGGUGCUGCUUCUUCUGCGCCUCCGCUUGCAAAUGAAGGUUGGGGUGCGUGGGCCUCUAGGACGCUGAACGAACGGACGGAGAAGCUGAGCAUUGUGGGUGAUAGCAUGGACAAUCUGAGCAACAAUAGUAAGGGGUGGGCAGAUGACGUGAACAAGUACGUGGCGAAACAGAAGAGAGGUCUGGUCAUGGGGGCCGUGAAGAGUAAAUUCGGGUUCUGA